CGGAUAUAAGAAGCUUGAUCUUUGCGUUGACUUGCGAUCUUACAUAACUUCAACACCAAACGUCCUCCCAAGUCUCUCUGUAGACUGGAUUCCAUCUCCUACUCCUACUCCUACGUUAAUACAUAAAUUAUAUUUAUAGUAACACAGAUCUGGAAUCUAAAACCCUAGCUUUUCUCAAUUCCCAUUUAACAUCGGGUUAAUGUCGUCUAAAACAUUGCCCUAUUCUAUCAAAGACAUACAAUACGAUAACGCCAAGUUUCGUCGACGAUCCUUGUUCCAGGUCAUUUCACAGACAUUUCUGACCAAUAAAAUGAAGCGUGAAUGUAUGUCAUGUAGCACAGGAAAUGGUGUAGCUAGAGCUAUUGGGUCUAAACAAGGUGAUAAUUCCAUCAUGGAUGGUGGUGGCAUUGGAGUCAAAAGAUUUUGGAGAAAACCACCCAGGCUUCCACCUCAUUUGUCUCCAGAUGAAAUGAAUAUCAGCAAUAAAUCCACACACAACCCUGCAAAAUCAAAUCUUGAUUCUGAAUGGGUGGCUAAGCAAGAAAGUGUUAAAAAGGCAUUUAUUCAUGCAUGGUCUGGAUACAAAAAGUAUGCAAUGGGUUAUGAUGAACUUAUGCCAUUAAGUCAAAAGGGUAUCGAUGGGUUAGGAGGAUUAGGUGCUACUGUUGUGGAUGCUCUAGAUACAGCCAUGAUCAUGAGACUUGAUGAUGUUGCUUCUGAAGCAGGUUCUUGGAUUGAAAAGAAUCUUCCAGAAAGAAUAUGUAAUAAAGGUCAAGUGAAUCUGUUUGAAACAACCAUACGUGUUGUUGGUGGACUUUUGAGUGCUUAUCAUUUAAGUGAAAUGAAUCCAAAUUCAACAAAGAAUGGACCUAAACCUUCUGUAUACCUAGAAAAUGCUAAGAAUUUGGCAGAUGUUCUUUUAACUGCCUUCACUUCAAGUCCAACUGCUAUUCCCUUCAGUGAUGUUGUUUUGCAAGAUCACAAAGCACAUCCUGCUCCUGAUGGAUUAAGUAGCACUUCAGAAGUUUCCACUUUACAGCUUGAGUUUAAUUAUUUAAGUUUUCUUACUGGUGAUCCAAAGUAUAGUGUUGAAUCAAUGAAAGUGUUGGAACAUAUGAAAACUCUCCCGAAAGUUGAAGGACUUGUUCCAAUCUACAUUAGCCCUUCUUCUGGUGAAUUUUCUGGAAAUAAUAUUAGACUAGGUUCACGAGGAGACAGUUAUUAUGAAUACCUUAUCAAAGUUUGGCUUCAACAGAGACAAAAUAAUUGGAGUUAUUUGCAUGAGAUGUAUGAGGAAGCAAUGAAAGGUGUCAAACAUCUUCUUGUUAAAAAAUCAAAGCCAAAUGGGCUUGUUUUUGUGGGAGAGUUGCCUGGUGGUGUUGAUGGUGGCUUUAGUCCCAAAAUGGAUCAUCUUGUCUGCUUCUUGCCUGGGACUCUUGCACUUGGAGCCACUAAAGGCAUUACAAAAGCUAAGGCAAUGGAAGAAAAUCUGCUCACUUUUGAAGACCUAGAAAAUUUAAAACUUGCAGAAGAUCUUGCUAAAACUUGCUUUGAGAUGUAUUCUGUCACUUCUACGGGUUUGGCUCCAGAGAUUGCUUAUUUCAAUUCAGAGGGUUAUUCUGAGGAUAAUCUUGAUGGAGGAAACAAGAGUUCAGAGUAUGUUCAUGACAUUGUGAUCAAACAUGCUGAUCGCCAUAACCUUUUGCGCCCUGAAACCGUUGAAUCAUUGUUUGUUCUAUAUCGUAUCACAGAAGAUUCAAAAUAUCGUGAAUGGGGUUGGUCAAUUUUUGAGGCGUUUGAGAAGUACACAAAGGUUGAAUCUGGUGGCUAUACCUCUCUUGAUGAUGUCACCAUGCUUCCUCCUAGAAGAAGAGACAAAAUGGAGACUUUUUUCUUGGGUGAAACCCUAAAAUAUUUAUAUUUAUUAUUUGGAGAAAGUAACGUUAUCCCAUUGACUCAAUUUGUCUUCAACACAGAAGCUCACCCUAUCCCCAUCAUAACCACAACAGCCAAAAAGGAAUAAUCCAUUCCUCUUUCAACAACCCGUAUUAUAUCAUUUGAGUUGAACUACCAAAACCAACAGGGUUGAAAUGGAUACACAUCAAGAAUUACUCAAAAGGGAAGGAAAUAGGAUAUGAUCAUGUUGAUAAUUGUUAUUCAGUGAGCGAAAAAAAAA